CAAAUUCAAGAGAUGCGGCUACGCCGAGAGCGACGACGGCUGCACCGACAGAGGCGCCAGUUCUGCACCCACGACCAGGUGGCCUUGCCCAGACGCGAACGACUCGCCUGUAGCACGUCCCGAUGCAGCGCCGCCGGCUUGCCCACCCGCUUCCGACCGACUUUUUCAAGUGCCCCAACUUGACACAGAGCGAGACGGACGCAUUGAUCCAAACAGGCGUUGGUGCACUCAAGCACCUUGUGCUGCAUGCUCGGUUGGACGAUUCGAGUCCGUACAUGUGGAAGUUGGAGCGCGCAACGCAGGACUUGCAGGUGUACGUGGGGUCGGAUCUGAGCAAGGCAAAGAGCGACGUCGUGUUCAUGAGCGUCACGGAGCUCCAUGCGACGCUGGACGAAGCGGCUGCGCUGCUCGAAUGCGACACGAACGAGUCGUACCGCACGUUCAUGCAGCGGUACAACAAGGACGUGAUUGACUGCGCGAUGCUGACGACGCUCGCGCCGCGUACGCCCGAGUACCCCCGCAACUACAUUGGCCUCAAGUGGUUUGUGCAAGGGGCGCCGACGCCGUAUCGGAAUCGCGACUUUUGCGUUCUCGAGUGUUGCGACGACUUUUCGCUGCAGGGCGCGCGAGGAUGGGCUCGAGUGCUCCACUCGGUCGACGUCGACUGGGUUCCGUCACUCUACAACGCGAUGGGCAUUGUCCGGGCAGUGUUUCAAGCGUGCGGAACAGUCUUUUUGGAAACGAACCGCCCAGGUGUCCUGAAAGCGGCGCAGAUAUACCACGUCGACUUGAAGGGGAACUUUCCCAAGUGGAUCCUGCGCCUUGGCAUCAAACAGCGCGCGCGGACGCUGGCCGACAUGGACGCUUACUUUCGAGCUCAGCGCAUGACGCGGAUGACCAUCUUGCCGCAGCCAGACGAAAUGACCAGCCAUCAUCAUGGUCACAAGCCACCGCAAGACUUGCUUGACAUAGGGCUCAGCCUCGACAGGGCCGCGAACGCGCCCUUGUCGACGUCGUGGGUGUGCGACGGGUGCCGCGUCGCGUUAUCUCGGCACCGGACCCAGUUCAAGUGCCGUCGAUGUGGCCAGAUCAUGUGCCGGCAAUGCUGCCACCCAUGGGAGCAGCCGUCGACGACUCGCCAUGGCCCCCGGCCAUGCCUCUGUUAUCCUUGUUCGUCGGUCCCCACAGGGACAGCAUCGUCGUCGGCAUCGCCAUCGCACAGUGUGGACCGACCCCCGGAACCAUUGAGGCGAAUCCCUCGUGCGAGCAGCACCGGGCACACGCGGCCAUGGAACGAGAUGCUCCACGACGCGCUGUCGUCCUCCAUGCACGACCAGCCAUACGUCAGUAGGUUUCACGAACAGCAGAGCAGCGGAUAUGCACAUCCCGAGUCGUCGCCUUGGCUGCGGUCGCCGACGACCGAGUGUGACGAAGAACGCUAUGAUGGCGAGUGGUAUGAGCCGAUCGCGCUGCACGACGACAGCGACGACGAUGCCAAGCGGCCGCACGCUGACCCCGUCUAUGUCCUCGGCGACAAUAUCUCGAUCGUGUGCAGUGAGAAUGACAGCAAUUGCAUCAAGUUGUAAUGUCACGGUCGAUCGAGUCGUUGGAAAGUCGAGUGUGCACGUUCGAGUGGUCGACGCAUGCGGCCGCGCACGACGCGUGGCGGGGCUCGACGACGAGGUUGGCAGCCAUUUUCUGCAGACUGUGUGGGUGGCCUCGGCGGGCGAUGCGCGGUUCGCGCAGUGGCGCAGCAGCUCGACGCCGGAAACGCAGCAGCGUCUCCAUGUGCAUUGGGGCCGCUGCGAUUUGAACGGUGGGAAGUCGUGCGUCAUGCGAGGCACACGAUGAUGGAAAACAGAUGCGCGUACAUCAUAUAUAUUCGGCACUAAAUACGACUAUACCUUAAAACAGCGCCGAGUGGCGCGGGCCGCGACUGGAUGCAAUGCGUUCCGUGGCUGGUUUGGGCGCAAGCAGCGACUUGACGGGACCGUUCGAGUUGCGAGGACUGGUGGGUGUCAUGCUGGCGUCGUAGCCAUGUGGGGGGGUGAACGACAGGCGUCGG